ACAGCAACAACACUCGUGCACUUGGAUAUUUUCUACGCUUUACGAUUUACUCUAGCUCAAUAUAAUACACAGGGAUUUGCGUAGGAGGCUCUUCGUCUGGCGCCUGGCGACACAUAACAAACGUCAAACGAGGAUGACGGUUGACUGGCCACAUCAACAAAACACACAGCUGCUCGAUCGGUAAGAUGCCAGUACUCAAAAAGAAAAGCAAAAUUAAAGGAAAAGGAAAACGAGGGAAAAAGACCAAGCGGGGAAAGAAAAAGGCUAAGACUUCGUUGCUGGGAAAGAGGGUCAGACCUCCUGGAGAGGCUUCUAGGCAGCUGCUUAAGUCAUACACGACUCUAUGCAAAGAGAAGGGCUCGACGGCCAUUCCAAAAAUAGUGCAUGAGCUCCGUGAAAAAACGGAGGCAGAUCAGGCGGUAACCAAGUUUAUUUUGGAACCCGCUAUUCGAUUUUCCAAGAGUGACUUUCCGCCUGUGCAAUUUUGCGAUUGGUUACAAGCUGUACAGACAGUAGCAUAUGAACAUGUCAAAGAAAUUUGUGUAUGGGGAAUUGCUGUCACAGACAUGGAUGCGACAAAUUUGUCACUGUGUAUGGAGACCCCAGUGGCACAACAAAAUCUCAAGUUCCUGACUCUGCUAGAUGUUGGAUUGACUAAUUAUGGAGUACACAGAGUAACCAGAUGUCUCCACUUGGGGAAAGUCACUUCACUGCUUCUAAGCCACAAUCGAUUUGGUGAUGAAGGAUGCCAAACACUAUGCAACAAUCUUCGCGGCAAUACAAAACUUCAGCGCUUGUCUCUCGACUUCUGUGGGCUAACACCACUAAGUGGCUCAGUCUUGGGACAGUUCAUAGUCAACUGUGCAAUUCAAGAAUUAUCUCUUAUUGGAAAUCUACUUCAGUGUGACGGUGUUAUUCAGCUCAUAAAUCCUCUCGUUGAGUUCUAUGAAUCACACCAGGCACAUGAAAGUAUGAGGAAACAGAGGUUGGAGGAGGUAAGAACCCAACAAGAAUUGCGAGAGCAAGAGUUGGCGACUAUGGGUAGACUUCAAGCAAAAAUGGCUGUAGCGGCAGAAGAGGCAAAUCAUGAACAUCAUGAGAUUGAUCCAUUGUUAAUACCGUUUCCCCCACUUCCACCACUGAAGUGUCUUAACAUUGAGGACAAUGGUAUGGAUAUGCAUGGUAAAGGUGGGAAAUUCGCUCCUGUUGUGUGUGCACGUCUCAUUCGAAGGUGGUUGGAGGUGUCGUCUCAGUUGACUGAAAUCAAACUUACUGGAAACUUGAUAGGGAAUGUUGCUGGUCGAGAAAUAUUGACAGCACUUGAAGCAAGGAAAGAAGCUGGUCUACCUUCUGUCAAGAUGACAGUAACACAUUGCCUCGAAGGAGACAUCUUCAGGAAGAUUUUCAAGCUUGGAGUAGGAGCCAAGAAGAAAAAGAAACUCAAGAAGAAAAAAGGGAAAGGGAAAGGAAAGGGAAAGAAAAAGAAAAAGAAAUGAAGCAUAAUA